AUGCAGUUCAUUAAAAACGUGACCCAUGGCUUUCCUACCAUCACUGGCAUACGAUGGUUCAACCUUUCUGUCCUUGUCAUUACACCAAUUCUUUCGCUGUACGGCUUGCUUUAUGUUCCCAUCCUUUGGAAGACUGUCGUUUGCACUACCCUCUAUUAUAUCUAUUCCAUGCUUGAACGUGUCACUCCAGGAUACCAUCGGCUUUGGUCACACAGGUCAUAUAACGCUUCGUUCCCUUUGCAGGUAUUCCUCAUCCUAGCAGGGGCGAGUGCAGUGCAAGGCUCGUGUUACUGGUGGGCGCGCCGGCACCGUUCUCACCACAGGCAUACCGAUACGGAUCUUGACCCGUACAACUCAGAACGGGGCCUCCUCUGGACGCACAUUGGAUGGAUUAUUUUUGAGUCAGACUUGAAACCAGGGCCAGCUGAUGUCUCUGACUUGUACAAGGACCCUCUCGUACAGUGGCAACACCGAUGGUACUUUGUCAUCCUGACCAUUUUCGGGUACUUGCUUCCAAUGGUCAUUCCUGGUUUAUUGUGGGGAGACUGGAAAGGCGGAUUCUUUUUCGUUGGUGCAGUCCGUAUGACCGCGUGUCAUCACUGCACUUUUUGCAUCAACUCCAUUGCCCAUUAUCUCGGAACCACGCCGUACGAUGACAAGCAUACUCCCCGCGACCAUCUUUUAUCAGCUGUUCUCACGAUGGGAGAAGGGUACCAUAACUUCCACCAUCAGUUUCCCAUGGAUUACAGGAAUGCAUUCCGAUGGUAUCAGUAUGACCCAACCAAGUGGUUUAUCGGUGUAUGCCACUAUAUCGGUCUCGCCUCCCAUCUCCGCGUUUUCCCAAGCAACGAAAUUGAAAAGGGCGCACUCACGAUGAAGCUUAAGGCUCUCAAAGACGUUCAGGACUCAAUUGAAUGGCCCGUGCCUCCGCAAGAACUUCCUGUGGUUACGUGGGAAACCUUCCAGGAAGAGUCCCAGUCUCGGACCCUUCUCCUCAUCUCGGGUUUUAUCCACGACGUGUCCAUGUUCCUUGACAGCCAUCCGGGAGGACCCGUUAUACUCAAACAAAACUCUGGGAAAGACAUGACGGCAUCUUUUUUUGGCGGUGUCUACGCUCACUCUCACGCAGCGCAUAACCUGCUUGGGAUGAUGCGUGUGGGCAUUCUAGCAGGUGGUGUGGAGUCGCCAGCAGAGCAUGCCAUCCCACCCAGUCAGCGACUCGUUAUCCUCUCUAGCAGUCAUAAUACAGCUGCUUGA